GUCGUAGGUGAUACAUAGUUUGCUAACCCUAAAAGAUGGAUUUAAAACGAGGGUUAAGUCUUAUUUUUCUUGUAACAUGUUUUGGAUUACCAGUGAUAUCUGGUGAAAAAGCGCGGUUCGACAACUACCGAGUGUAUCGAAUCCAUAUUGAAAAUCAACAACAAUUGGCGGUGUUAAAGGCCAUCGAACAGCUGGGAGGAGGUUACAGUUUUUGGAGCGAUCCGGUUAAGGUCGAUAGUGAUGUUGACUUGGUUGUUCCUCCCCAUAAGUUUGGCGAGUUCAGUGAAAUUGUUGAAAAUCAUGGGUUAAGGGCUAGCUUGAGUGUUUCAAAUCUACAAAGUUUGUUCGACCGGGAACAACCGAAAAAUCGUAAAGCAGCAGUUGAUUGGACUGCUUACAAUACUUUGGAAGAGAUCUUCGCCUGGAUGGAUCAGUUGCUGGUGGAUUACCCGGACGUUUUGACUCCGAUUGAGGCUGGUUAUUCUUAUGAAAAUCGUCCCAUUCGAGGUGUUAAGGUUUCGUACAAAAGUGGAAAUCCGGGUGUGUUCAUGGAAGGCACCAUUCAUUCGCGUGAGUGGAUCAGUGCUGCUACACUUACCUUCGUCUUGAACCAGCUACUCACUUCAAGCGACGCAGACAUUCGUCGCAUUGCUGAAAACUACGAUUGGUAUUUCUUCCCGGUGACAAAUCCAGACGGUUACGCCUACACUCACUCGACUAACCGCAUGUGGCGCAAAACUCGAAAACCUCAUACAGUGGUGUGCCUAGGCGCAGAUCCUAACCGGAACUGGGAUGCUCACUUCAUGGAGGCCGGUGCAUCAUCGAAUCCCUGCACAGAUACCUUCGCUGGGCCGCACCCGUUUUCCGAGGUGGAAACCAAAAGUCUCUCGGAUUACUUCACCUCGAUUCAAUCUUCGAUUAGCACCUAUCUAGCGUUUCAUGCUUAUUCGCAACUCUUGAUGAUUCCCUACGGUCACACUACGGAACCUUUGGACAACUACAAUGAAAUGAUGGAAGUUGGAACGAAGGCUAUCGAGAAGUUGAGGGAGCGCUUCGGAACCGAAUACAAAGUUGGAAAUAUCGCAGAGAUUAUUUAUCCGGCCUCCGGCGGCAGUGUAGAUUGGGUCAAUGGAACCCACCAAACGCCGAUUGUAUUUGCGUACGAGCUGCGAGAUGACGGUACCCAUGGAUUUGUGCUUCCCGCUGAUCAGAUCAUUCCGACGGCACUGGAAACGCUGGACUCGAUCAUUGUCAUUCUGGACGAGGGUGAGGCGCGAGGUUUGCAUCGACGAUGAUAAGCUUGUUUUGCGGAAGGAGGUGAAGGAAUGAUUUUGUCGAUAAGAUAUAGGUACCUACUAGAUCAAGAGGUCAUUUGAUUUGAUUCAUGAAAUUGAGGAGAUAAAGUAUAAUAAAUUAUUCAGUCAAUUAGAUGAA